UCCGCUAUAAGAAUGACUGAAUGCCUCAUACCUCUUCAUCACCUGAAACGUUUUCUUUUCUCCACCAACACACAACUACAACGACGAUGGCCACCAUCAAAGUUCCAUCCCAGAUUCCCUCUGCAGCCGAGGAUGCUGAGCAACUCCAGAAAGCUUUUAAAGGAUGGGGCACGAACGAAGCUUUGAUCAUCUCGAUCUUGGCUCACAGAAAUGCUGAGCAACGCAAGCAAAUUAGAGAAGUCUAUGCUUCAACUUAUGGAGAAGACCUUCUGAAGGCACUGGAUAAAGAACUUUCAAGUGAUUUUGAGCGGGCUGUGCUGCUAUGGACAUUGACCCCUGCAGAGCGUGAUGCAUAUUUGGCUAAUGAGGCGACUAAGAAGUUAACUUCAAGCAACUGGACUCUCAUGGAAAUCGCAUGUACUAGAUCUUCACUUGAACUAAUUGCUGUGAAGCAGGCCUACCAUGCACGUUACAAGAAGUCCCUUGAGGAAGAUGUUGCACAUCACACAACCGGAGAUUACCGCAAGCUUUUGGUUCCUCUUGUGAGCACAUUCCGCUAUGAAGGAAAUGAGGUAAAUAUGACUUUGGCAAAAUCAGAGGCUAAGAUUCUUAACGAGAAGAUCUCAGACAAGAAGUAUAAUGAUGAAGAGGUAAUUCGGAUUCUUGCUACACGGAGCAAGGCACAGCUGAAUGCAACUCUCAAUCACUACAACAAUGCAUUUGGAAAUGCUAUCAACAAGAAUUUGAAGGCUGAUCCCAAUGAUGAGUUCCUCAAACUACUGAGAGCCACAAUCAAGUGCUUAACUUGCCCAGAAAAGUACUUUGAGAAGGUUUUGCGCCGUGCCAUCAACAAGUUGGGAACGGAUGAAUGGGCUCUAACAAGAGUAGUAACAACUCGUGCAGAGGUGGACAUGCAACGCAUUAAGGAGGAAUAUCAUAAGAGGAACAGUGUCACACUGGAGAAAGCAAUUGUUGGUGACACUUCUGGGGACUAUGAGAAAAUUCUUCUUGCUUUGAUUGGACAUGGAGAUGCUUAAGCAGUAGCUUAUAGUCUGUGCUACUAGCCGUGCACUAUCUUUUGCUUGUAUGCUUGGCUGAUUGUACUCGUAUGACUCUGCUUUACCAGUUUUCUGAGAGCUGUAAGUUGGAACGUGUGGGUGUUUUCUGAAAUAAUGGAAUAAUAGGACUUUUUUUGUA